AUGCUUCAGUAUCACGUGGCCAAUCAUAUGUCGACUUUGUCAAUAAACGACAAAAGACAGAAUGCAUAUCCAAUGUAUGUGAACACCAAGGGCAUAAAACUCGGAUUGUCCACCUUCUGGAGAUCACCGUAUUUGAACGGUACAGGGUUGAAGAAAAAGAAAAGAGAACUUCCUAUUGUGUUACCGCCAAGAAUGUGCAGUAGACAAUCGGUGAGGUCAAACCGUUCAUCCGUCCGUAAGGGGAUCUUGAAAAACUCUCAACCCGACUCAGGUUCAGAAGAUUCUAGACUAACAAAGAAGAAGCUGAGACGUUCUAGAUCAUUUUCUGUGAAAGCGGAAGAUGAUGUUACAAAACGAGUGAAAUUUGGAGAAAACUGUAAAUUACCGAAGGAUUCUCUGUCUGAAAUAGUAAAACUUGAUGAUAUUACAAAGGUAGCAGAAGAGUGCAAUAACGCGACAUUCACAUCAAAUGCAUUGAAAAGUACAGAAUUAGAACCACGUCCAGCAACUGCAAUGGGGAUUGAACGAACUUCGUCGCUUAUAAGCAUCGAACGCACCCCUUGUCGCCAUGGUGCUGAUUAUGUGCAAAAUAUUAGUCAAAUUGCUAAUACUGCAUCAAAUAUUGCUUCAAAUCCAUUACCAGUGGCAUCGAACCGACCACCUCCAUCGGGGACUAGAAUACUCCGUAGAGCUAAUACUGCUGCAGCAAUCAUUAUAUCAAAUCCGAUACCUGAAGUAUCAAAACCAGAAUCGUCUUCAACAAAACCUAGUGACUCUUGUGCAGCUAUUCAAGGUGAUAUAAUACAGGCACGACUAUCCAAUAGUUUUCUAUCACCUACGCAGAUUGUCGCCAAACCAGAAAAACCCGGAUAUGAUAUUUCGUCAGAGUUCCCUAAUGGUACACCACAAUUAAAAUUCAGUGACCUACGACCUCCAAAACCUUGUGAUACUAUCCCAUAUAAACCACCAAAGGGUUACCGACAAUCUAAACCUAAUAACCCUUUCAAUCGACCAAAGACAUGUAUUGAAGGUCGCCGUGCAAUGUUACCGAAUCAUAUUAAUUUCUGUGAUAAGGAUAAAACUAUUCGUAUUUUAAAAUGGCUACAAGAAGUGGACGAUGUUCAGUUGAUGGAAGGAAAGAGCAAUUAUAGAUGA